AUGGUUUUAUCUGUACUGCUGAGAUUCAUAUACCCGCCGCCGUCGAAUCUGUUUGUGACGGCGAUGUCUGUGAUAAGUUUAGUAUCGCUGGGGAAUGCAGGAAUCAUGGAAUUGAAAGGGAAGCACAUGCAGUAUUCGAAAUUAUGGAAUUUCGGCGUAGAUCAGAAAAUUCCUGCCGAUAAAAAGGCCAAAAUCUCCAGUAAAACUGGCAUGAUUAUAGCGUAUACCCCUGCAUUUCUUGCCGGCGUUACCUCUUUCGUCCUCGUACCGGUUGGGGAUUGUAGGUUUGAUUUGCUUCGUUCUGCCAUUACCAUUCAUUUCUUCAAGAGGAUCUUUGAGAUAAUUGUAGGAGUCGUAACUCGUAACCAUGUCAUUUUGCUAACUAUUUGGCACUGUGGGCCAGUGGCUUAG